AUGGGGAAGCUGAAACUGGUCUUGAUUGGGUCCCUGGUCUCCAGCACAGGCUCUGCACCUUUCCAUUGGUUGACUGAGCUCUCUGAAGGAGGAGCUGCCCACCACGAUGGAAGUUAAAAGCGUCCAGCGCAGAAGAAUUUCAGCAUUCUGGAGAAAUCGGAGUCUGAAGACACACAGCUGUGAAAGCUCACCCCACAUCUGCUUGGCCAAGUGACGGACUCAAGGAUGGUGCUUGUCGUCUGGAUGUGGCUACCUGCCCUGGGGCUCCUGGCAGGCCACGGGGAGGCCCAGAGCUGCAGACCGGAGCUGAGAGGCAUUGUUGAGAACUUGGCCAGAGGGCGUCCAGCCUUUCAGUCUUCCACCUUGCAAGAUAAUUUCCGUGGAGUGGCAAAAAAAGCUGUGGAUGGGAAUUGUCGUGGGGAUUGGUACAAGGAUUAUACCUGCUCCCACACUCAGCUAGAAACAGACCCACUGUGGUACGUGGACCUGGGAAGUGAGCAUGCCAUUAGUGCCGUGGUGGUGAAAAACCGGGAGGACUCCUGUGGAGAGAGGCUCAAGGGAGCAGAGAUCCGCGUGGGAGACUCUGUGCAGAACCAUGGAAAAGACAAUGUCCUCUGUGGGACGAUCACCGAUGGCAGUCUGGGCUCCAUCAGCACCAUCUUCUGCCAUGGGAAAAUAGGACGCUAUGUCACCAUCAGCAUCCCUGGUCGCCCAGAGUACCUGACACUGUGCGAGGUGGAGGUCUAUGGGACCAAGCUGUGUCUCUCUAUCCUGAAGGCAGGGCAGGGACAAGGAUGAUUAAAUCAAUCAUGACCCUCCAAUAAACUUCC